AUGAAAGCCUUUUCAAGUUUACAGUUGCUGACGUGUCUGAUGGUGUACGCGCCAUGCGUACACUCAAUCAUGGUUAAGUUCGGCACCAACGAUGGUCCCAUAGUGCCACCUACGCCGGAACCGGUACUGCCGCCGCCGCAGCCGUACCGUGUCCCCGCACCAGUGUGGGAAGAACGGUCCAACGAUUCACCUGACCCCAACGCACAUUGGCGACCACAGCUCUUCAUUCCUCAGCCAAGGUACACCCAUAUAAUCUUCAACGUGCCCACUCCAGCUCCGUUGAGUAACGCACAGCGCUUCGCGAACUCAUACAUACCGACGAACCAAAAGUCACUGUCACCAAUUCAAGCUCAAGUGCCAAAAGAUUACAUUACACCUUCCCAAAUUUUGAGCUCUCAAAGUUUGCCCGGUUUCGGCCUGAGAUACUUUGUGCCGGCUUACGUUGAUAAGCCCAAGAAAGACAUUUACAGACAAGAGGAUGCUCUACAAAAUAAUGUCGGCAGCAACGACGUCAACGAGCCAAACAGAGACUCUGCCAGCGAUCUCCAGUGGAAGUUUGAGAAGGAUUUGGCAAAAAGGGUCUCGAGAAACACACGAGAAGGCGUCGGAGCUCCCUACUAUCAAUGGCCUGCGUACGUGCCUUCGCGACAUCUUUAA